GGAAUGCAAGCUCCCACAGCCACCCCACUGUAGUCAGUAAACCAUUAGAAGACUGAGAACAUGGAGGCAGCACGCCCUCCCUCGAGGGCAGAGAAGUUCGUGGUGGUCGGCGGUGGCAUCGCGGGUGUAACCUGCGCGGAGCAGAUAUUAGAGACUGCGUGGUGGCCCUGAGCUGAUGUCCUUAGUACCUCGCAAACUUGAACCUCAGGCGCAUGGAGGACGGUUGGCGAUUCAGUUUCCAUCAGAAGAUAUUCUCUUGAUAACAGCUGCUCCUGUUAUUAAAGCAGUUACAAACUUCAAGCAGGUUUCUAAAGUAUUGGAAAAAUUUGAUGUUGAAGAACAACCAAGUACCAUGUUAGAAAACCGCUUUCCCAACAUUAAGGUUAUAGAGUCUGGAGUAAAGCAACUGAAGAGUGAAGAACAUUGCAUUUUAACGGAAGAUGGCAGUCAGCACGUGUAUAAGAAACUCUGUCUGUGUGCUGGAGCUAAACCAAAGUUGAUAUGUAAAGGAAAUCCUUAUGUUUUAGGAAUCCGUGAUACAGACAGUGCUCAGGAAUUUCAGAAGCAGCUUACUAAAGCUAAGAGAAUAAUGAUCAUAGGGAAUGGUGGUAUCGCACUUGAAUUAGUGUAUGAAAUUGAAGGGUGUGAAGUAAUUUGGGCCAUUAAAGAUAAAGCUAUUGGGAAUACUUUCUUCGAUGCAGGAGCAGCUGAAUUCUUGACUUCUAAGCUUAUUGCUGAAAAACCAGAAGCUGAAAUCGCACAGAAAAGAACCAGAUACACAACUGAAGGAAAGAAAAAGGAAGCAGGAACCAAAGCCAAUGCUGAUAAUAUAGGCAGUGCCUUGGGGCCUGACUGGCAUGAAGGCUUGAAUCUUAAAGGAACAAAAGAGUUUUCUCAUAAGAUUCACAUUGAAACCAUGUGUGAAGUAAAGAAAAUCUACCUUCAAAAAGAAUUUAGAAUUUUGAAGAAAAAAUCCUUGACUUUUCCAAGAGACCAUCAUAAUCAGUCAGUUACAGCUGAUACAGAGAUAUGGCCUGUAUAUGUGGAAUUGACCAAUGAAAAGAUAUAUGGCUGCGAUUUCAUUGUCAGUGCUACAGGAGUUACUCCAAACAUAGAACCUUUUCUCUGUGGCAACAAUUUUGAUCUAGGAGAAGACGGUGGCCUGAAAGUAGAUGAUCAUAUGCACACGUCCCUUCCCGACAUCUAUGCUGCUGGUGACAUUUGUACUGCAUCUUGGCAACCCAGCCCAGUCUGGCAGCAGAUGAGGCUGUGGACCCAGGCUAGACAGAUGGGAUGGUAUGCGGCGAAGUGCAUGGCUGCAGCCACUUUAGGAGACUCUAUUGAUAUGGAUUUCAGCUUCGAACUUUUUGCUCACGUAACAAAAUUUUUUAACUACAAGGUUGUAUUGCUGGGAAAAUAUAACGCACAGAGCUUGGGUUCAGAUCAUGAAUUAAUGCUGAGAUGUACCAAAGGACAAGAAUAUGUCAAAGUCGUCAUGCAAAAUGGGCGAAUGAUGGGAGCUGUCUUAAUUGGUGAAACUGAUUUAGAAGAAACAUUUGAAAACUUAAUAUUAAACCAGAUGAAUCUUUCAUCAUAUGGAGAAGAUCUACUAGAUCCAAAUAUUGAUAUAGAAGAUUAUUUUGACUAAAAAGGACAUUUCAAGAAUCAUAAAGUUUCAAAUAAGACAAAAUGUCAAGUCAAUAAAGUAAAUGACUGCACUGAUUUAAUGAUGACCUCAAUGAAGUUAAAAAUACAGACAUGAUAAUGAUUUUUGUGGAAAAGUAUUUAAAAAUAAAAGUCUAAAGAUGAAA